AUGGGGGGAGACGAGACCUCGCCUGCCUGCUGUGGCUUUAACCUCCUCCAGGGCUGCUGGGGCAGUCAGGGCUGCGGGAACAGGAGGGUCCAGCCUGAGGUACAUGAGGUAAUUCAUGGUACAGAGGGAGUUACGUCGGUGGGUAAACUUUAGAUGGUCAACUGAGGCUCUCUUUUCCUCAAUCACUUCAUCUUUAUAACUCAAUCUCUUUUCUCAGGCUUGCUUUCUGUUUUGAUAUGGUGCUAUUUUCAGUCGAGGCACUAGUGAUCAUUUGCUUAGCAACACAAGUAAAUGAAACUCUGGUGAAUGAUAUGUUAUGUUAUACAUUUGGCAAAUUUCCAGUGAUUAUGACAGGAAAUGCAGUUUCCAAGAAAUUGCACAGUGACUUGAUCUGCUUUAGCUAGCUAUGCGUCACUAAACCGUACUUAGUCACCUGGGUGAUAGAAGACUGCAUAAUGACUGUGUCUGUCUCCCCUGUGGACUCUGGCAGAUCUAAAAGUGGCUUGUUUACUUGGUGUUUGAUAAUUAACAACAUUAACAUCCUUUCUGUUACUGACUGAGACAUUGACAGAAUCAUCUGUUGUUCAGUUUAUUCUUCUCCCAUCCUUCAUUUUUUACAUUGUUGAGCAACACAUGGCACUUUUAGUUUUAUUACUAGAAAAUUGUAACGCUUCAGCUCAAACCAUUGCAAAUUAACUGUAGUUAAUUUGAGUUAUUUUAUGGACUCCAUUUGUCUACUUAUUGUCAGGCAAUAAGUAGGGAUUUUGAACUGGGCAAAGGAAGACAUUUUAGGAAGGGGCUGAGAUGAUGAGGUGGACGGGGGAGGGGGGAAGUGUGUUGGUGGACAGAAGUGCUUGAACAGGGGUGUUUGAUUACAGGAGAUAACGACCACAGUGCUGAAAUAGGAGAAGACACUGCAGCCUCGCUCUAGCUUAUCUCAUCAUUAUCUGCCAGUGUGGAUUUUUGUAGAUUUUUUGUGCUGUGAUUCAAGUAUUGUUUUAUUAUUUGGCUGACAACGGGAGCUGUGCAAGGAUCCUGGUCAAAUGAUUAUUGUCUGAUGUGUAAGCUAGUUAUAACCAAUAUAAAUCUGUCUCAUCAUAACCAAUAUGUGAGAUUUGUACUUUUCAGUCCUAUUGAUCAGAGAACUCCUGUGCUGUUCUAAGUUUUUAUACUGAUAGGAGAUAGAAGUUUAGUUUUAGAUGUGUAGGAGGCAUAUUUUGACAGAACAGUGGUAAUUUCUCUGGAGGACAACAUUUCUGGGACCAUGCUAGCAUACUCAGGGGGAAAUCAGUCUUACUGCCUUGGAAAGGAGACUGCAUACAUUGGGAUAUCAAUAGAUGUACACGUAUGUUUUAAAAAGCAUAGUGAAAAAGCAACCACUGACGACAACAUCCCAAAUGUGGAAAAAGUGGAAAAAGGGAAGCUGUCUGAAUAAUUUCCAAAUGCACUGUAGUAGACCUGCUGAAGGACUACUCUCCAUCAGGGACAGAUCAUCUCAUAUAGUCCUGUCUGAUUACUGGAGAGCCCUUGUGUUGUUGCAUAACAGCCACUCUAUAAUCACAUUCAACUAAAUAAUCUGCAGCUUUACUCCAGGCUUCCUCAUUUUGCAAGGGGAUGGAUUUUGUUUUCACCCGCCUCACCUUGUCUGUGAUUAGUCAUUCCGUCUUCGUCCCGUGUUACAAUGGAAAAUCAUCUUACACUUACAGUACCAGUCAAAAGUUUGGACACACCAACUCAUUCAAGGGUUUUUCUUUAUUUGUUACUAUUUUCUACAUUGUAGAAUAAUAGUGAAGACAUCAAAACUAUGAAAUAACACAUAUGGAAUCAUGUAGUAACCAAAAAAGUGUUAAACAAAUCAGAAAAUAUGUUAUAUUUGAGAUUCUUCAAAUAGCCACCCUUUGCCUUGAUGACAGCUUUGCACACUCUUUUGCCAUUCUCUCAACCAGCUUCACCUGGAAUGCUUUUCCAACAGUCUUGAAGGAGUUCCCACAUAUGCUUAGCACUUGUUGGCUGCUUUUCCUUCACUCUGCUGUUCGACUCAUCCCAAACCAUCUCAAUUGGGUUGAGGUCGGGGGAUUGUGGAGGCCAGGAUGAUGCAGCACUCCAUCACUCUCCUUCUUGGUAAAAUAGCCCUUACACAUCCUGGAGGUGUGUUGGCUCAUUGUCCUGUUGAAAAACAAAUGAUACUCCCACUAAGCCCAAACCAGAUGGGAUGGUGCAUCGCUGCAGAAUGCUGUGGUAGCCAUGCUGGUUAAGUGUUCCUUGCAUUCUAAAUAAAUCACAGACAGUGUCACCAGCAAAGCACCCCCACACCAUAACACCUCCUCCUCCAUGCUUUACGGUGGGAACUACACAUGUGGAGAUCUUCCGUUCACCCACACCGCGUCUCACAAAGACACAGUGGUUGGAACCAAAAUUCUCCAAUUUGGACUCCAGACCAAAGGACAAAUUUCCACCGGUCUAAUGUCCAUUGCUCGUGUUUCUUGGCCCAAUCAGGUCUCUUCUUAUUGGUGUCCUUUAGUAGUGGUUUCUUUGCAGCAAUUCGACCAUGAAGGCCUGAUUCACACAGUCCCAUCUGAACAGUUGAUGUUGAGAUGUGUCUGUGACGUGAACUCUGCGAAGCAUUUAUUUGGGAUGCAAUUUCUGAGGCUGGUAACUCUAAUGAACUUAUCCUCUGCAGCAGAGGUAACUCUAGGUCUUCCAUUCCUGUGGUGGCCAGUUUCAUGAUAGCGCUUGAUGGUUUUUACGACUGCACUUGAAGAAACUUUCAAAGUUCUUGAAAUAUUCCGUAUUGACUGACCUUCGUGUCUUAAAUGAUGGGCUGUCAUUUCUCUUUGCUUAUUUGAGCUGUUCUUACUAUAAUAUAGACUUGGUCUUUUACCAAAUAGGGCUAUCUUCUGUAUACCCCCCCUACCUUGUCACAACACAACUGAUUGGCUCAAACACAUUUAGAAGGAAAUCAAUUCCACAAAUUUACUUUUAAGAAGGCACACCUGUUAAUUGAAAUUAAUUCCAGGUGACUACCUAAUGAAGCUGGUUGAGAGAAUGCCAAGAGUGUGCAAAGCUGUCAUCAAGGCAAAGGGUGGCUAUUUGAAGAAUCUCAAAUAUAAAAUAUAUUUUGAUUUGUUUAACACUUUUUUGGUUACUACAUGAUUCCAUAUGUGUUAUUUCAUUGUUUUGAUGUCUUCACUAUUAUUCUACAAUGUAAAAAAUAGUAAAAAUAAAGAAAAAACAUUGAAUGAGUAGGUGUGUCCAAACUUUUGACUGGUAGUGUACAUCAUUGAUGUUCGGGUGUGAAGGAUGCCUGGUGCUGUUUCUCGGGUCAGCAUGAGUUGAGGUAAUUGUAUUGUGCUGGUACAUAAUAAUCAUCCAUUGCAGCAUAGGACUACUCAUACUGAUGAUCAAGUUGUAUAACCUAUUAUAAAACAAGCUGUGCAUUACGAGAAGGCAGGUAUUAUAUAAUAUAUGCUACCUUUAUGUGUUGCAUCCGUCUUUAUUUGUGUGUGUGCGUGCAUGUGUGACAGAGCGAGAGAGAGAGGUAAAAUCCAGCAAGCCUUUACCAUUGUUUAUGUCUGCCAGUGCAAACCUACAAUUUAAACUUUUAACACAUGUGAGGUCAAAGGGGACAAAACGUCACAGGGGGGAAUUAAUCUUUAACAUCUGUUUACAAAAAAGAGUGUCUACCCCCCUCAAUACAGAGUCUUUAUUUGUCAUAUAGGCCUAGUCCAACCUAUAAAUUGUGUAGCAAAGGGUCUGUGGAUGGUAAAUAGGUUAUUUUUAGAGACAGCAUCAUCUCUCAACACAUCACACGACCAUUUCCUGCAAUGUGAGGAGCUCAGUACUGCGACUGUCAGUAUAGGCUAUCCACAGGGAUACACUGUGCGAUUUAUGCACAGUGCCUCAGCAGUAGGCUAUAUUAGCUACUGUAUAGUAAUGCGCGCAAUGGCGCACACUCACCGAGCACUAUUGGAUUUUAGGAGUGUCGGUCGAAUGUAGGGGACGAUAAGUAGCCAAAAACAAAUCUAUAUCGGGGAGACCCAGCUGUCAGAUGCAGACACCUGAACAGGUGGCCUCUCCAGAGAUUUACGCGUCAAGGUGAAUAGACUAACAGCUUGCCUCUUUCUCUAAUCUCCUGCUGACAACACCAAUACUGACCCUAUCGUCAAGAUUAUGUCUAUCGCAGUUUGAGAUUCAGGACCCGAUCAAUUCGUGUUGAUUCAAGUGACAGUCGCUCCUCGGUUGGACUUUCGUUGCUGACGUUUUUUUCUCCAAGUGUCAGAGAAUAUGAAAGUGACGUCUGGACUUUCGAAAAUGUGCUGGCGCCUUGCAUUUACCUGGAUUUUACAGUAGUUACUUUCACGUGUAGGCUACAUUGAGGUUGGGAUUUACUAAGGACCCAGGUGUCAAAGCAACAUGUUUCCCGAAAUUAAUAACAAGGUGAGGUCAAUCAUCCAUUUUGGGCAUAUUCAUGAAUCCGUUAUUUAUUUCUCUCUUUAGGCUACAGAUUUUGACCAAUGUUUUUUUACAGCCUUUCUUUUCUGUUCUCUUCUCUACUUGACUUUUAUUUUAUAUUUUGCUUGAACAUCAGAAAGUUAUGUAUUUCUAUGUCUGAAGUCUGAAAUAAUCAUUUUGUAGUUUAGCUUGUAUGGAGAUUCACUUUUCUAUUCCACUUACCCACUUAUUUCACAAAUACAGAAUAUUAUGAUACGUGUUAUAAAGUAGGCCUAAACAUUAUGACCCAUUUAGUAGGCUAAUUUGCCUAUAGGUUGUUGUGAUUUUCUGAGAAGGUAAACAUGAUCCAUGGCUAUUUCAGUCUACACUUUAUUUUAUGAGUCAUGGUGUUGACAGAAGCUCUAUAGCUUUCCCAUAAAUAGUAUCAAACAUGAUCAAGGACCGGAAAUCAGCAACUCUUUCAUCAACUGUUUACAAAGAAUAUUAGCCUUGUUAUCAUGUGUCAUUAAUUAUUUGUAACCUCAUUGUCACAUUGAUAACCUAACCAGCCAACUAUACAUCAGUUAAAGUGCAAGAUUCUAUUUGAUCUGAAUAGCAAUAGUUUGUUGCUCUUAUUCAGCUCUUCUUGGUGGGGUUGAUGCUCUCCUUUUCAUGAGCAAAAAAGCUUUAUUUUGAGUUUAGCUACUGACAAUGUUAAAACAAUUAUGCUUAUAAACUAUUGAACUCCAAGACAGUUGUUGUUUGCAAUUGUCAAUUCAAUAUUUUCUAUACAGUGAUUAUCAUCGACGUUUAAUCUUUACUUUCCUCAUGCUUUACUGUAACUGGUGUCAUAUGAGUCUCAGAAAAGACAUACAGUGCAUUUGGAAAGUAUUCAGACCCCUUGACUUUUUCCACAUUUUGUUACAUUACAGCCUUAUUCUAAAAUGUAUUAAAUUGUUUUUUCCCCCUAAUCAAUCUACACAUAAUACCACAUAAUGACAGAGCAAAAACAGGUUUUUAGAAAUUUUUGCAAAUGUAAGUAUUCAGACCCUUUACUCAGUACUUUGUUGAAGCACCUUUGGCAGUGAUUACAGCCUCGAGUCUUCUUGGGUAUGAUGCUACUUUCACGACUUCCUCCGAUGCUGCCUCCUCUCCUUGUUCGGGCAGGCUUCAGCGUUCGUCGUCACCGGCCUUCUAGCCACUGCCGCUCCUCAUCUCAUCAUUCCAUUUGUUUUGUCUUGUUUUUUAUACACACCUGGUUCAAAUCCCCUCAUCAGUCCCUGUAUAAGUAUUCCCUCUGCCCCCCAUGUCUUUGUGUGUGAUUGUUUCAUGUGGAGGUGUCGAUAGCUCGGUGGAGCUUUAUGUACUGUAUCGCCGGGAUAUUCACCCUUGUGUUUUGUUUUUCUCCAGUCCGUUAUACCGCACUGUAGUUUUACGCAUUGCUGCGAACCGCUGUAUUGGCCGAAUAAACCAUUAUUCUGUGAUUUACCCCUCCUGCGCCUGACUCCGUCCAAAUCACCCGCUACAGCUACAAGCUUGGCACACUUGUAUUUGAGGAGUUUCUCCCAUUCUUCUCUGCAGAUCCUCUCAAGCUCUGUCAGGUUGGAUGGGGAGCGUCGCUGCACAGCUAUUUUCUGGUCUCUCCAGAGAUGUUUGAUCGAGUUCAAGUCCGGGCUCUGGCUGGGCCACUUCAUUCAGAGACUUGUCCGGAAGCCACUCCUGCAUUAUCUUGGCUGUGUGCUUAAUGUCGUUGUGCUGUUGGAAGGUGAACCUUCUCCCCAGUCUGAGGUCCUGAGCGCUCUGGAGCAGGUUUUCAUCAAGGAUCUCUCUGUACUUUGCUCCAUCAAUCUUUCCCUCGAUCCUGACUAGUCUCCCAAUGCCUGCCCCUGAAAAACAUCCCCACAGUAUGAUGCUGCCACCAUGCUUCACCGUAGGCAUGGUGCCAGGUUGCCUCCAGACGUGACGCUUGGUAUUCAGGCGAAAGAGUUCAAUCUUGGUUUCAUCAGACCAGAAAAUCUUGUUUCUCAUGGUCUGAGAGUCCUUUAGGCAAAUUCCAAGCGGGCCGUCAUGUGCCAUUUACUGAGGAGUGGCUUCCGUCUGGCCACUCUACCAUAAAGGCCUGAUUGGUGGAGUGCAGCAGAGAUGGUUGUCCUUCUGGAAGUUUCUCCCAUCUCCACAGAGGAACUCUGAAGCGCUGUCAGAGUUGAACAUCGGGUUCUUGGUCACCUCCCUGACCAAAUCAAAUCAAAUCAAAUCAAAUUUUAUUGGUCACAUGCGCCGAAUACAACAGGUGCAGACAUUACAGUGAAAUGCUUACUUACAGCCCUUAACCAACAGUGCAUUUAUUUUAAACAAAAAAGUAAGAAUAAAACAACAACAAAAAAGUGUUGAGAAAAAAAGAGCAGAAGUAAAAAAUAAAGUGACAGUAGGGAGGCUAUAUAUACAAUAGAAUAAAGUGACAGUAGGGAGGCUAUAUAUACAGGGGGGUACCGUUGCAUAGUCAAUGUGCGGGGGCACCGGCUAGUUGAGGUAAUAUGUACAUGUGGGUAGAGUUAAAGUGACUAUGCAUAAAUACUUAACAGAGUAGCAGCAGCGUAAAAAGGAUGGGGUGGGGGGGCAGUGCAAAUAGUCCGGGUAGCCAUGAUUAGCUGUUCAGGAGUCUUAUGGCUUGGGGGUAGAAGCUGUUGAGAAGUCUUUUGGACCUAGACUUGGCACUCCGGUACCGCUUGCCGUGCGGUAGCAGAGAGAACAGUCUAUGACUAGGGUGACUGGAGUCUUUGACAAUUUUGAGGGCCUUCCUCUGACACCGCCUGGUAUAGAGGUCCUGGAUGGCAGGGAGCUUUGCCCCAGUGAUGUACUGGGCCGUACGCACUACCCUCUGUAGUGCCUUGCGGUCAGAGGCCAAGCAGUUGCCAUACCAGGCGGUGAUGCAACCAGUCAGGAUGCUCUCGAUGGUGCAGCUGUAGAAUUUUUUGAGGAUCUGAGGACCCAUGCCAAAUCUUUUUAGUCUCCUGAGGGGGAAUAGGCUUUGUCGUGCCCUCUUCACGACUGUCUUGGUGUGUUUGGACCAUGAUAGUUCGUUGGUGAUGUGGACACCAAGGAACUUGAAGCUCUCAACCUGUUCCACUACAGCCCCGUCGAUGAGAAUGGGGGCGUGCUCAGUCCUCUUUUUUUUCCUGUAGUCCACAAUCAUCUCCUUUGUCUUGGUCACGUUGAGGGAGAGGUUGUUGUCCUGGCACCACACGGCCAGAUCUCUGACCUCCUCCCUAUAGGCUGUCUCAUCGUUGUCGGUGAUCAGGCCUACCACUGUUGUGUCGUCGGCAAACUUAAUGAUGGUGUUGGAGUCGUGCCUGGCCAUGCAGUCAUGGGUGAACAGAGAGUACAGGAGGGGACUGAGCACGCACCCCUGAGGGGCCCCCGUGUUGAGGAUCAGUGUGGCAGAUGUGUUGUUACCUACCCUUACCACCUGGGGGCGGCCCGUCAGGAAGUCCAGGAUCCAGUUGCAGAGGGAGGUGUUUAGUCCCAGGAUCCUUAGCUUAGUGAUGAGCUUUGAGGGCACUAUGGUGUUGAAUGCUGAGCUGUAGUCAAUGAAUAGCAUUCUCACGUAGGUGUUCCUCUUGUCCAGGUGGGAAAGGGCAGUGUGGAGUGCGAUAGAGAUUGCAUCAUCUGUGGAUCUGUUGGGGCGGUAUGCAAAUUGGAGUGGGUCUAGGGUUUCUGGGAUUAUGCUGUUGAUGUGAGCCAUGACCAGUCUUUCAAAGCACUUCAUGGCUACAGACGUCAGUGCCACGGGUCGGUAGUCAUUUAGGCAGGUUAUCUUAGAGUUCUUGGGCACGGGGACUAGGUGGUCUGCUUGAAACUGUUGUUGCCUAAUUGACAAGGCCCUUCUCUCCAACCCAUCUAUGAAGAGUCUUGGUGGUUCCAAACUUCUUCCAUUGUGUCCCCGAGUCCUGUGCGUCUUUGCGCUCUCCGCACUAGGCGUUAUUGAGUCCCCAGGCCAGCAUGCCCUGUUCCGCUCUCCGCACUAGGCGUUAUGUGCGUCCCCGGUCCAGCAUACCUGUUGCUUCUCCCCGCACUAGCCCUGAGAUGCGUGUCUCAGCCCGGUACCUCCAGUUCCGGCACCACGAACCAGGCCUACGGUUGCGCCUCAGACGGCCAGAGUCUGCCGUCUGCCCAACGGGCCCUGAACUGCCCGUCUGCCAAGGCGCUUAAGCGCCCUCUGCCAUGAGCCUUCAGAGCCGUCCGCCAGACCGGAGCCGCUAGAGCCUUCCGCCAGACAGGAUCAGCCAGAGCCUUCCGCCAGACAGGAUCAGCCAGAGCCUUCUGCCAGCCAUGAGCAGCCAGAUCCGUCAGCCAGCCAUGAGCAGCCAGAUCCGUCAGCCAGCCAUGAGCAGCCAGAUCCGUCGGCCAGCCAUGAGCAGCCAGAUCCGUCGGCCAGCCAUGAGCAGCCAGAUCCGUCAGCCAGCCAUGAGCAGCCAGAUCCGUCAGCCAGCCAUGAGCAGCCAGAUCCUUCAGCCAGCCAUGAGCCGUCCAGCCAGGAUCCGCCAGAGCCGUCCAGCCAGGAUCCGCCAGAGCCGUCCAGCCAGGACCCGCCAGAGCCAGCCAGCCAGGAUCUGCCAUUGAGUCCGGUGCUGUCCCUUAGCCCGGUGCUGCCCCUUAUCCUGGUGCUGCCCCUUAAUCCGGUACUGCCCCUUAGUCCGGUGCUGCCCCUUAGUCCGGUGCUGCCCUUUAGUCCGGUGCCGCCCCUUAAUCCAGUGGGGUUUAGUUGGGGGGUGGUCAUGUGGAGGAGGCUACGGAAGCGGAUAGUGACUAAGGUGGGGUGGGGACCACGACCAGGGCCAGAACCGCCACCGUGGACAGACGCCCACCCAGACCCUCCCCUAGACGGUAUGCUGGUGCGCCCGGAGUGCGCACCUUUAGGGGGGGGGUACUGUGACACUCUGGCUCUGGGACUUUUGUAUUUGAGCCAGGGUGUAUUUUGUUUUGUUGGGUUUUGGUUUUGUAUUUCUAUGUUUGCAGUUCUGUGGUUGUAUUUCUAGGUUUGGUCAAUGACUCCCAAUCGGAGGUAACGAGUGUCAGCUGUCGGCUCGUUAUCUCUGAUUGGGAGCCAUAUUUAUUCUGAAUGUUUUCCUGUGGGACUUGUGGGUUUUUGUUCCAAGUUCUGUCAGUGUUGCAGAGGACUUCACGUAUCGGUCUUGUUUUGUUGUUUUGUUCCAGACUUUGAUAUAAUAAAGUCAUGUUUCUUGGACACGCUGCGCCUUGGUCAUAUUUAGACGACAUAGACCCCCGUGACAGGCUGUAACGUAACAAAAUGUGGGAAAAAUCCAGGGGUCUGAAUUCUUCCUCUAACUCAGAUUCCAAACAUAGGCAAUCCAAGGUGGGCACUGGUGUCCUACUACUUUAAAUCCCAACAUAAUACCAAGCCAUAUAUACUUUUAUACGUGGCGCUGGGUGUGCAUGGGAAUCAAAAUACUGUCAUAUUCUUGCAAAGGAACCCAUCUGGGUCAGUAAGAGGCAAUUUGUCAGUAAAUAAAGAAUAUUAAGCAUAUGGAUAGAAGAGAUGUCUAUUUAGUGAACUCGUGAAAAAGUAUAGUGUUACUGUAGGUCUUGGUCAAGUUCAUUGUAAAUCUGCUCUGCUCUGCUACCCAAGUACCCAGCCAACCGUUGCGCAGCCCUCUCAGGCUCUCUGAGUUUAGCCUGUGCCCAUCUGGGCUGGAGGUUUUAUUCCACCAAUACAGUGUCUCUCAGUCUCUCAACACACUGUUAAUUGACAUGCUCCCCUCUGAUUAAGGCACGUGUUAGCACAGCUAUUCUGACAAUGCGGCAGUUGCACCAGAACGAAUAGAAUCUCAAUGGCUCAUAUGGCCCCAUAUAACCUGGCACUAGACUGAAUUGUGCUUUGUGAAAUGAAGUCAAUGAUCUCUCUGGUGCUAGGCUAAAACAGCCCUUUGCUCUCCUCUCCAUUACCACCAUCAUCACCACUCCCUUACACUCUUCAUAGAACAUCAGAGGGUUAACAAGCCUAUGCUCCAGUAAAGGAAUGCAGGUUGUGGAAAAACUGAGUGAUAAAGAGACCAAUGUUACUGUGGUAGCUACUUGCAAAAAAUACUCUAAUUUCAGGGAGUGUGCAUCAUCUUUGCUUGCGUGGUAAUAAUCUUGCUUCACUGCCCACUGGCUGUUUAUAUCUGUGGGACCCACCGCUGUGCUGAGACUGAAACUCCCACCAGCAACAACCAGGCUGUUUAUUCUCCUCAUUCACAGAGAUGCUUUGAAGUUAAUCAGUUUCGGUUACUAAAAAUACGUGAUUUAUAAUUCAGAUGAAUGACCUCAAUGACUUGUUAUGAGUCUGCUGCAUCCAACGCCACCCCCUCACUGACUUAAAUAGGUAUAGAGAAGCGAGUUUUGUGUAUAAAUCUAAUGUUAAGUCAAAUCUCCCAUAUUCCUCUCCUCCACAGUCUUCAAAACCAGAGGCCUUCUCCCACUCACACAGACUCCAGACCCAACAGGCAACCAACCGGCCCUAUUUACAGGUGAGCCUUUACUCACAGGUGACCCCUGACCUGCAGAGCAUUUAAGCCCCUGCAGACCCACUCUUUCAAUCCUGUAUCUUUCUGUCUGUGCAGUGCCCUCCCCCUUCACUCCACCAAAACUCAUUACCCUAGCUAGGUCAUGCUAUUGGAGGGCACUGGAGUACAUGGAGUAAAUGGAGCAACCACCUCCUAACCACUCCCAAGGGGUGAAAUCAUGGUGCUGCUCACUGUCAGACCUGGAUGUGUUUAAGAACACAGAGUAGUAGCCUACGUAAUCAGCUUGAAUCCAGUUGUGCAUAAGCACAAUACUGUAUUUGCAUCCAUGUGCUUGUUAUGGCAGGUGCUUGGAACUAUAUUUAGCCUGUGUCUAUGCAUCAUAACCAAGUUGGCAGCUACUGCAACAGCCUGUGCACAUGUGAUUAAAUAUCACCGCUAUGUAUAGAUUAGUGUGCACUUUUCAACCUGCUGUUUUGGGCUGCUGUGCUUGCUGUAACCGAAGAAAAGGGGUAUAGAACUACUGGUUCCAAUUUACAAUAACUGCCCCUAAUAAUACCAAUGUAUUUACAUUAUUUAUACAGGCAGAUACAGUGUCAUUACCGUGUAGGAAGUAAUUAAAUAUGUUACUGGCAUUUACAAUUUCAACGAUUUGCUGAAUAAACUCAUGAUCCCUGCCCUUGUUGUAGUCUAGGUUAGAGGUCUCCUUUCCCCCAUCAUUAGCUUGGCUAUGCUUGCAAGGCAGCCAGUGACACAUGUAAACGUGCUCCUACAGCAAGCAGGAUGUCAGCUAGAGAAAGGCCUGCUCCAGUUCAGCUCCCCCACAGCAGCAGAUAACGCUGACAGGGUCUGUCAGGGACCAGUCUCCGAUGUUUUGUCCCCGACUCACUCUUACCCUGCUCAGUAAUUCCACCCUCAACUCAGGGGGUCUUGGUUACCUGAGCCACCACAUUUAGAAUGGUCAGAGCGGAUGUAGCGCUCUCUCCAUCUCUCCAUCCCUUUAUUUUUGCGCCAACUCUCCAAACCUUCGCCAUAGAGUAUGUGAUCACAGAGUCUCUUCCCACAGCUGCUGUAACUCUGACACAACUGGGGUUAGCGCGCCAUGAGUCUGGCAAGCAAGACUAGUUAUGUCGAUACAAUAUGUUAUUACACUUUUACUGUUUUCAUCUGCAUAUUUAAACCUUCCUUUAUUUGAACCCUUUUCUCUCUCCUGUAGAAGUUUAACUCGGACGUAGGGACCUUGCCCCAACUGGAGCCCCCGGUGAUACAGGUGGUUGUCAGCAAUGCCAAACUCCACCACCAGCAGUCCGAUAGCAUCCUGCCCCACAUCGCCAACAAGGGGCUGCCGAACAGCUACCAGACACACCAGGUGAGGCUACAUUUCACACUGUCACACUAUACUGUUGGCCUCCAACAGUAGUUCACUGGACUCCAGUUGUCAAUUGUAAAUGCACAUGUAAAUAAUAAGUCCUUGAUAGUUUAUACAUCUUCAGAUGAACCCUCCUCACCACAGGAGGCUGCUGAGGGGAGAACAGCUCAUAAUAAUGGCCGGAACAGAGCAAAUGGAAUGGUAUCAAACACAUGAAAACCAUGUGUUUGAUGUAUUUGAUACCAUUCCACUGAUUCUGCUCCAGCCAUUACCACGAGCCCAUUCUCCCCAAUUAAGGUGCCACUAACCUCCUGUGCUCUGAGCUGUAUCUGACAUGUAUCGCUCCCAACGUACAGUGGGGGAAAAAAGUAUUUAGUCAGCCACCAAUUGUGCAAGUUCUCCCACUUAAAAAUAUGAGAGAGGCCUGUAAUUUUCAUCAUAGGUACACGUCAACUAUGACAGACAAAAUGAGAAAAAGAAAUCCAGAAAAUCACAUUGUAGGAUUUUUCAUGAAUUUAUUUGCAAAUUAUGGUGGAAAAUAAGUAUUUGGUCAAUAACAAAAGUUUCUCAAUACUUUGUUAUAUACCCUUUGUUGGCAAUGACACAGGUCAAACGUUUUCUGUAAGUCUUCACAAGGUUUUCACACACUGUUGCUGGUAUUUUGGCCCAUUCCUCCAUGCAGAUCUCCUCUAGAGCAGUGAUGUUUUGGGGCUGUCGCUGGGCAACACAGACUUUCAACUCCCUCCAAAGAUUUUCUAUGGGGUUGAGAUCUGGAGACUGGCUAGGCCACUCCAGGACCUUGAAAUGCUUCUUACGAAGCCACUCCUUCAUUGCCCGGGCGGUCUGUUUGGGAUCAUUGUCAUGCUGAAAGACCCAGCCACGUUUCAUCUUCAAUGCCCUUGCUGAUGGAAGGAGGUUUUCACUCAAAAUCUCACGAUACAUGGCCCCAUUCAUUCUUUUCUUUACACGGAUCAGUCGUCCUGGUCCCUUUGCAGAAAAACAGCCCCAAAGCAUGAUGUUUCCACCCCCAUGCUUCACAGUAGGUAUGGUGUUCUUUGGAUGCAACUCAUCAUUCUUUGUCCUCCAAACACGGCGAGUUGAGUUUUUACCAAAAAGUUCCAUUUUGGUUUCAUCUGACCAUAUGACAUUCUCCCAAUCCUCUUCUGGAUCAUCCAAAUGCACUCUAGCAAACUUCAGACGGGCCUGGACAUGUACUGGCUUAAGCAGGGGGACACGUCUGGCACUGCAGGAUUUGAGUCCCUGGCGGCGUAGUGUGUUACUGAUGGUAGGCUUUGUUACUUUGGUCCCAGCUCUCUGCAGGUCAUUCACUAGGUCCCCCCGUGUGGUUCUGGGAUUUUUGCUCACCGAUCUUGUGAUCAUUUUGACCCCACGGGGUGAGAUCUUGCGUGGAGCCCCAGAUCGAGGGAGAUUAUCAGUGGUCUUGUAUGUCUUCCAUUUCCUAAUAAUUGCUCCCACAGUUGAUUUCUUCAAACCAAGCUGCUUACCUAUUGCAGAUUCAGUCUUCCCAGCCUGGUGCAGGUCUACAAUUUUGUUUCUGGUGUCCUUUGACAGCUCUUUGGUCUUGGCCAUAGUGGAGUUUGGAGUGUGACUGUUUGAGGUUGUGGACAGGUGUCUUUUAUACUGAUAACAAGUGAAAAUUAUAGGCCUCUCUCAUCUUUUUAAGUGGGAGAACUUGCACAAUUGGUGGCUGACUAAUUACUUUUUUUCCCCACUGUAAAUGUAAAAGAAAGUGAGACCUGUUUCAUCAGGGUUACGCUAAGUGAUAGUGCCAAAGUGUUGUGAGAACAGAUCAGCUGACCUCUUCUGUCCUUUUGUGAUUGGCAGGAUGAGAGACCAAAGCCUUCCUCCCAGUUCCCCACACGGUUCGGCUCCUCCGUGGAGAACCUGUAUGACUCCAUCACCACCAAGGGCCUCAGCAACAAGCUGGAGGAGAAGAAGCUCUAUGAGGGACAGAGGCUGCCCAUGUCUCCCACAGAGGCACUGAGGCACUUCCAGGGGCGUCUGACAGAGUUUGAGCAGGAGGAGAUCAUGGACUACUCAGAGAUCUGGUUUCUGGGUCUGGAGACCAAGAAGAUUGAGGGCUCUCAUGGGAUUCCUCAGAACGCAGGCUACGACGACGAGCACGGCAGCUACAACAACGUAAAGUUUCAUCAAGGAUUUGAAUAUACGUUUCUCAUAAGCAUGUGUUUGUUUUCUAUGAUUGUGUUUUGCUUUUUGUGUAUUGAAGUGAAUAUUAAUGUGUAUAUUGAUGUGUAUAUUGAUGUGCAUAGUGUAUAUUUAUUUGUUUGAUGUGCAUACAGGGCCCAUAUGUGAAAGAGACCUUGGUCUCAGCAUGACUCCCUGUCAAAAUAAAGGUUAAAUCAAAAAUUAAUAAAUAUUAUUGUGGUUCCUUGGGGUAAGAUGUAGGAGGGUUUUUGUUUAUUUACAAGACAUUAUGCUAUGAGCUUAUGUUAAGGCACAAGAAAAGCAGUUUAAUGCACGCUAGCCAAACUGCGAUGUGAGCCUAACUGACUAUCCACAGGCAGUUUGUGUCUUAUUCCAACCUGUAUGGAUGUGCUGUCACAGGGAGACUGACUGUGAGCAUUGUUUAGACUCAUGACCUUAUGCCCCCAUUCAUGGUAACCUCUAGGUCACACAGGUUAAGUCAUGACCGAUGCACAGCUAAAUAACUAAAUGGAACGCAACACAGAAGUACUAUUAUGAACUAGUGUUUGGCACUGGAAGUAGUUGGGCAAAUGUGCCUUAUGUAGUCAUUACAAACAACCAUCAUUAAAGGAUGUCAUUGUAUCAUGAACUACUAGUUAAGUACAUACAAUGAAUAUUGUCCAUAUUGUCUCGUAUCCAGGUUCUACACGACCACAUUGGCUUCCGCUUCGAGGUGUUGGAGGUAAUCGGGAAAGGAUCCUUUGGACAGGUCCUGAAAUGUCUGGACCACAAGACCCAAGAACUGGUUGCCAUCAAGGUCAUUCGCAACAAAAAAAGGUACAAACAAAAUAUUUUGCUACAUGCCCUGAAACUGACCUUCCUGUGUGAAGUCAUUAAACAUGGACCUCUUCGUGACCUUUUCAUGGGGAGGUCCAAAGGAGGCUCCUCAGUAUUGCUUUACCAGUCCUCUCUCAGGGGAUCCAAGGCUCUCUGUGUAUCAAUGGAACUCCCCCUUCUCCUCUUUGACUUUGAUUGAUGCAGAUGCCAUCAGUGCUUACUGCCCUUCAAUAAUGCAGAAAACAAAAUGGGUGCCUAACGCCUAAGGGCUGCCUUGGUCUCGCCACUGGGGCCUUGUCUUGAACUAAGCCCUCUCUCAAAAAUGAUGUUUCUUCUGGAAGAGGAGAGGUGCUUUCCCUUCUUUACAGCUGUCAUCAUUUCUCACAUCAAAAGACAUUACAACUGGAAUGGAAAAAUAUUAGCAAGAAGAUUUUCCAUGGUCACUACAAAACUAAAGCUUGUCAGUAAAAAUCUGUCACUAUGAUUCAUAUUAUACAGUCGUGGUCAAAAGUUUUGAGAAUGACACAAAUACUAAUUUUAUAAGUCUGCUGCCUCAGUUUUGAUGAUGGCAAUUUGCAUAUACUCCAGAAUGUUAUGAAGUGUGAUCAGAUAAAUUGCAAUUAAUUGCAAAGUCCCUCUUUGCCAUGGAAAUGAACUUAAUCCCCAAAAAAACAUUUCCACUGCAUUUCAGCCCUGCCACAAAAGGACCAGCUGCCAUCAUGUCAGUGAUUCUCUCGUUAACACAGGUGAGAGUGUUGACGAGGACAAGGCUGGAGAUCACUCUGUCAUGCUGAUUGAGUUAGAAUAACAGACUGGAAGCUUUAAAAGGAGGGUGGUGCUUGAAAUCAUUGUUCUUCCUCUGUUAACCAUGCUUACCUGCAAGGAAACACGUGCCGUCAUCAUUGCUUUGCACAAAAAGGGCUUCACAGGCAAGGAUAUUGCUGCUAGUAAGAUUGCACCUAAAUCAACCAUUUAUCUGAUCAUCAAGAACUUCAAGGAGAGAGGUUCAAUUGUUGUGAAGAAGGCGUCAGGGCGCCCAAGAAAGUCCAGCAAGCGCCAGGACCGUCUCCUAAAGUUGAUUCAGCUGCGGGAUCGGGGCACCACCAGUGCAGAGCUUUCUCAGGAAUGGCAGCAGGCAGGUGUGAGUGCAUCUGCACGCACAGUGAGGCGAAGACUUUUGGAGGAUGGCCUGGUGUCAAGAAGGGCAGCAAAGAAGCCACUUCUCUCCAGGAAAAACAUCAGGUACAGACUGAUAUUGUGCAAAAGGUACAGGGAUUGGACUGCUGAGGACUGGGGUAAAGUCAUUUUCUCUAAUGAAUCCCCUUUCCGAUUGUUUGGGGCAUCCGGAAAACACCUUGUCCGGAGAAGAAAAGGUGAGCGCUACCAUCAGUCCUGUGUCAUGCCAACAGUAAAGCAUCCUGAGACCAUUCAUGUGUGGGGUUGCUUCUCAGCCAAGGGAGUGGGCUCACUCACAAUUUUGCCUAAGAACACAGUCAUGAAUAAAGAAUGGUACCAACACAUCCUCCGAGAGCAACCAUCCAAGAACAGUUUGGUGACGACCAAUGCCUUUUCCAGCAUGAUGGAGCACCUUGCCAUAAGGCAAAAGUGAUAACUAAGUGGCUCGGGGAACAAAACAUUGACAUUUUGGGUCUAUGGCCAAGAAACUCCCCAGACCUUAAUCCCAUUGAGAACUUGUGGUCAAUCCUCAAGAGGCAGGUGGACAAACAAAACCCCACAAAUUCUGACAAACUCCAAGCAUUGAUUAUGCAAGAAUGGGCUGCCAUCAGUCAGGAUGUGGCCCAGAAGUUAAUUGACAGCAUUCCAGGGCGGAUUGCAGAGGUCUUGAAAAAGAAGGGUCAACACUGCAAAUAUUGACUCUUUGCAUAAACUUAAUGUAAUUGUCAAUAAAAGUAUUUGACACUUAUGGAAUGCUUGUAAUUAUACUUCAGUAUACCAUAGUAACAUCUGACAAAAAUAUCUCAUAACACUGAAGCAGCGAACUUUGUGAAGACCAAUACUUGUGUCAUUCUCAAAACUUUUGACCACGACUGUAUUAUAGUUUUUGGCUUUCAGACUGUUUUGAAUGGUUAAAUCCAGAAUGGAGCUGUGACCUAACUAACUCUUAUUGGACUUCAGGUUUCACCACCAGGCCCUAGUGGAACUAAAGAUCCUGGAUGCUGUGAGGAGGAAAGACAGGGAAAACUGCCACAAUGUCAUCCAUAUGAAGGAAUACUUUUACUUCCGCAACCAUCUCUGCAUCUCCUUCGAGCUGCUAGGGUGAGUGUAGUGUGUAUAACACUACUAUAAGACACCUGGAAUUAGGCUGUGAUUAAAGCCAUCACAGACAUACACACACACCAGGGCCGGGGUCAAUUCAGAAAGUAAACUUUAAUUACAAUUCAACAUUUUAAUAAAGGGCAUCUAUUUUCUAUGACUUAUCAAUCAACUGAGAAGUAGAAGCUAUUUAUUUCAAACGUUUUCCAUUUUUGAAUUUUUAAUAAAAAUUACUUCUUGAAUUGACUGCCUUCAAUUAUAAUUGACCCCAGCCCUGACACACACAGUGCAUUCGGAAAGUAUUCAGACCCCUUGACUUUUUCCACAUUUUGUAACGUUACAGCCUUAUUCUAAAAUAUAUAUAUUUUUAAAUGGUCCUCAUCAAUCUACACACAAUACCCCAUGAUGACAAAGCGAAAACAGGUAAUUUUUGUAAAUGUAAUUAAAAGUAAAAAACUGAAAUACCUUAUUUACAUAGGUAUUCAGACCCUUUUCUAUGAUACUCGAAAUUGAGCUCAGGUGCAUCCUGUUUCCAUUGAUCAUCCUUGAGAUGUUUCUACAACUUGAUUGGAGUCCACCUGUGGUAAAUUCAAUUGAUUGGACAUGAUUUGGAAAGGCACACACCUGUCUAUAUAAGGUCCCACAGUUGACAGUGCAUGUCAGAGCAAAAACCAAGCCAUGAGAUCGAAGGAAUCGUCCGUAGAGCUUUGAGGCACAGAUCUGGGGAAGGGUACCAAAAAAUGUAUGCAGCAUUGAAGGUCCCCAAGAACACAGUGGCCUCCAUCAUUCUUAAAUGGAAGAAGUUUGGAACCACCAAGACUCUUCCUAAAGCUGGCCACUGGGCCAAACUGAGCAAUAGGGGGAGAAGGGCCUUGGUCAGGUAGGUGACCAAGAACCCAAUGCUCACUCUGACAGAGCUCCAGAGUUCCUCUGUGGAAAUGGGAGAACCUUGCAGAAGGACAACCAUCUCUGCAGCACUCCACCAAUCAGGCCUUUAUAGUAGAGGAGCCAGAUGGAAGCCACUCCUCAGGAAAAGGUAUAUGACAGCCCGCUUGGAGUUUGCCAAAAGGCACCUAAAGACUCUCAGACCAUGAGAAACAAGAUUCUCUGGUCUGAUGAAACCAAGAUUGAACUCUUUGGCCUGAAUGCCAAGUGUCAUGUCUGGAGGAAACCUGGCACCAUCCCUACGGUGAAGCAUGGUGGUGGCAGCAUCAUGCUGCGGGGAUGUUUUUCAAUGGCAGGGACUGGGAGACUAGUCAGGAUCGAGGGAAAGAUUAAUGAAGCAAAGUACAGAGAGAUCCUUGAUGAAAACCUGCUCCAGAGCACUCAGGACCUCAGACUGGGGAGAAGGUUCACCUUCCAACAGGACAACGACCCUAAGAACACAGCCAAGACGACACAGGAGUGGCUUAAUAAUAAAAAAUAAUAUGCCAUUUAGCAGACGCUUUUAUCCAAAGCGACUUACAGUCAUGCGUGCAUACAUUUUUGUGUAUGGGUGGUCCCGGGGAUCGAACCCACUACCUUGGCGUUACAAGCGCCGUGCUCUACCAGCUGAGCUACAGAGGACCAAGUCUCUGAAUGUCCUUGGGUGGCCCAACCAGAGCCCGGACUUGAACCCGAUCUAACAUCUCUGGAGAGACCUGAGAAGUGCAGUGAUGCUCCCCAUCCAACCUGACAGAGCUUGAGAGGAUCUGCAGAGAAGAAUGGGAGAAACUCCCCAAAUACAGGUGUGCCAAGCUUGUAGUGUCAUAUCCAAGAAGACUAGAGGCUGUAAUCGCUGCCAAAGGUCCUUCAACAAAGUACUGAGUAAAGGGUCUGAAUACUUAUGUAAAUGUGAUAUUUCUGUUUUCUAUUUUUUAUAAAUUUGCAAAAAUGUCUAAAAAAUCUGUUUUUGCUUUGUCAUUAUGGGGUAUUGUGUGUAGAUUGAUGAGGGGGGGGAAAUCAUUUAAUCCAUUUUAGAGUAAGGCUGUAACGUAACAAAGUGUGGAAAAAGUCAAGGGGUCUGAAUACUUUCCGAAAGCACUGCACACACGCACAUACAAUCAAAAUAGUCCCAGUAGAAGUUAAAUGAAAUCCUGAAUAAUUAAUGUGUUAAUCAAAGGUAUUCAAGGUUAGGCACCUCUCCCGAGGUACAACAACAAGACUUAAGCCCUGAACUCCCCUAUCACAUACACAGCUCGCUUAUCACUAGUCACUCCAUCUGCUACACUACUUGAGUAAAGUGAGCAGCCCACCUAGAACAAUCUGCCUUAAACAACCUAGCCUUAGGUUCUCUCUGAGACAAGAUAGUCUUCUGGGUCAUUCCACCAAUUGAGUACCUUUUUGAAUAGUGUAAUUAUUUAAAAAGGAAUAGUUUUACCAUAUUCAAACAAGAGUUCUGUUUACCUUAUUUUAAGGGUUGACCUUAAAAUGAGAGACAGGUUUUUAUUUUACCUUAAAAUGAAUCACUAAUCACAUUAAAUAAAUAAUAAUGCUCAGAAAUGACUUUGUCAAAGCAACAAAAUAAUGAGGGCUUUACAAUGAUGGUGAAAACUUGUAGAAAUGUUGGGGUUAAGUGGGUGGGUUAAAAUCUUCCUAGAGGUCACAGAGGUACACAGAGGGACAUGUCAAAAUGCUGUAUUUGGGCACUUUAGCAAGCCUUUAUUCAUAUAAACAAUCUGAUUUAUUUAAUUUUCCAUGUGGUCUAUAUUAAAGGGCACUUCAUUUAAUAUAACAGUCUUUUAAAAUGCAAUAUUUGUGCACAAUUUCAACCUAAAAUAUCAAAGGGACGUAAAAGGCCCUCAUUUAAUGGAACAACCGUUCUAUACCAGGCUGGCUGACCUUUAGUAGACGUCUUAGACUGCCACCUUGCCCUAUCUAGCAUUACCGUCACCCAAUCCCUUAGUUAAUGCCUUGAUUAGGGCCCUAUCUCUUUCCUCUGCCUGCUCGUGGUGUGAAGGUUCCGGUUACACUGACCAGAGAAGUUUGUGCUUCCCAUAAGUACUGAAUAAUACCAGGAAUAUACAUCUUCUUAAGUCUCUCUUCUUAAUGUUAAGACAUUCUAGAAUGUUAAGUAAUCUGAUAUAGCAUGUUCACUUCCGUUUUAAAAUCGUAUUACUAAACUGCAUGGUCCUGCUAGAUUCGACUGAGCUAUGCCAUGAAAAAAACACAGUAUAGUGCUGCCCUCUGGAGGACUAAUAAACUAUAACAUUUGAGUCCACGUGCAAGUGUGGGAAAAAGAGAAAGCAGAGAGACUGAGACUGGUGGCAGAAAGCUGUGUUUAUCAUUCUACCAGUUCUCUAAAUGAUUGUGUCUUUGACUUCUUAUAGAGUCAACCUUUAUGAGCUGAUCAAGAAGAACAACUUCCAGGGCUUCAGUCUGGCCUUGAUCCGUCGUUUCACCCACUCCCUGCUCAAGUGCCUGCAGAUGCUGCAUAAGGAGAAGAUCAUUCACUGUGACCUCAAACCAGUAAGGUUCCUCAGACAUACUGUAUCGGCACUGCAUAUAGUAAUAACACAAAUAAUAUUUAACUGAUAAGUCAGACAUGCUAAUGCAUGUAUAUGCUAGGGCUCUAUAAAGAAAAUGAGUGGGCUGCACUUUGAUUGGUUACUUGGAAAAUUAACAUUGCUUCUCUUUUUUCACAAAAGGAGAACAUCCUUCUGUCUCAGAAAGGACAAGGAAAUAUCAAGGUGGUGGACUUUGGGUCCAGCUGUUAUGAGCAGCAGAGAGGUGAAUGUCUCACCUGAUUAAAUACCUGUUAUACAUGGUACAGGUCUGAUAUUUAAAAUGUAAAUGUAAAUAUUUAAAGCUCCAAAGCCAUCGCACUCAUAUACAGUAACCGAAUGUUAACAUAAACGCCGUUCUCGCACUCUCUCUCUCCUUGCCUGCCAUUGUAGUCUACACCUACAUCCAGAGUCGUUUCUACCGCUCCCCAGAGGUGAUACUGGGACACACCUACAGCAUGGCCAUCGACAUGUGGAGCUUGGGCUGCAUCAUGGCUGAGCUCUACACCGGCUUCCCGCUCUUCCCUGGGGAGAGCGAGGUGGAGCAGAUCGCCUGCAUCAUGGAGGUACACAACCAACCACCUGCAGACAUAGUCUCAGAGCUCAGCGCUAGCCAAUUGGAGUAUCUGGUGUUGGAUGUUUUUAGCAAUCCAUUUAUCCAUCACCAUUCAAGGACAUUCUGUUAUUUUAUUUCUUAGGUAUUCGGAAUGCCUCCCAAUGAUUUUGUGCAGACAGCAUCCAGGAAAAGAUUGUUUUUCGGUAAGAACUUUCUAUGGUUUGUACAGUACAAAUGUGUUUCUUUAUAUCAGAUAAAUAAGGUAGGCUGCGUUUAGAUAGGCUUCAGAUCUUUUCACUGAUAUUUUUCUGAUCUGAUUGGUCAAAAGACCAAUUAGUGAGAAAAAAAAUCUGAAUUGGGCUGCCGACUUGUUGCAGACUCCAAAGGAAACCCCAGAAACAUCACAAACAGCAAAGGGAAGAAAAGGCGACCCAACUCCAAAGACCUAGCCAGUGUGUUGAAGACCAACGAUCCUCUGUUCCUGGACUUCAUUCGACGCUGCCUCACGUAUGUCAACACCAACACACUAGAAAUCUAGCAUUCAGCACAGGAUUAUUACGCUAUGGUGACAGGGUCAUGAAUAGCGGAAUUACUGUUGUCAUGAGAUUUCUGGUAGUUAGCUCAAUCUUCUCCACACACACUUACUGUGUAUUCCUGUGCUAUCUAGGUGGGAUCCAACCAAGCGUAUGACACCAGAUGAGGCGAUGCAGCAUGAGUGGAUCCAGGAGGCCCAUCUCAACAAGCUCAGGCCCAAAACACGACCCAUGAUGAGGAAGCCCAGUGAAAGCGUGAGCAGCACAGAAAACAACUACGAGGCCACUUACCGCAAAGUAGUCACUAACAGGACAGGUAAGACCAGGCCUCUCGCUUGCUUUCUUUCUCUAAAAUCAAUUUUCACAAUGUGAAAGAUCAAUUUAUGGAUUAAACCACAUAAUUUUGUAUGUGUGAAAUACCAUGUCCUCCCAUUUUACAUUGCAGCUGAGAGGAUUGGGUCCGAUAGCAACAACAAGCUGAAGAGAGAGCUCUCCGCCAAGGCAGGGCGCAAGAUGGUGACCGCUGAGCGACUGCGUCCCAUUGGAGCAUCAGCAGAGGAGCAGUUGUGUGAGGGCGUGGCCAAGGUCAACAGGGACACCAAUCAUGAGGCGGGCGGGGAGAGGCCCGUGCACAUCAUCAUCAAGCCUCAGCUAGAUGUGGGCACCGACGGAGGGUGCCAGGUGUCAUCCAAGUGUCUGCCCCCUAUCAUGUAGCAGCACAGGGAGGGGGCAGGCAGGCAGCACUAGGCGUUAUGGACUUUAACAUCAUCAAAGAGGCGCAUUGGAUAAUGCAGACUGUGGUCAUGUCUAGGGGAUCUCCUGUUUUGUGACAUUCCUGUGGUCUAUGACAUUCAUUCAAUACAUUUAAUAGAGUCACCUUAGCUCUGCGUUUCCCGAACUUGGGAACCAAAGGGGAGCACGUUUUGUUUUUUGCCCUAACACUAUUCAGCUGAUUCAGAUGAUCAAAGCUUGAUAAUUAGUUGAUUAUUUGAAUCAGCUUUGUAGUGUUAGGGCAAAUACCAAAACGUGCACACCUUGGGGUCCCGAGGACAGAGUUUGGGAAACCCUACAUUAGCUGUUCUGUUCCACUGAAUGCGUUGUCUCACCGUUUCCCAAGGGGUGCACGUUUUGGUUUUUGCCCUAACACUACACAGCUGAUUCAAAUGAUCAAAGCUUGAUGAUUAGUUGAUUAAUUGAAUCAGCUGUGUAGUGCUAGGGCAAAAACCAAAACGUGCACCCCUUGGGUUCCCGAGGACCGAGUUUGGGAAACCCUGCGAUUGUCUACUUGUCAUGGAGGAGAGCAAAUGUUGAUAGUUUGGCAAGCUACCAAUCCCGACUCAAACAUAGGUUAUUGUUGAUGUUCCAUUUACUGUAUAAAAGAGGCUCAGAGACAGAGACAGGAUCAGUUGAAGUUACAAUAUACCCUGGCAUGCACAACAGCGUUAUGCUUUUAUUAUGUGCCCCCUUUGUAUCCCAGACCACAAUCCUCAGUCCCACCUAGUGUUACCUGUUGUACAUUUACUUCUGAAAAUACACUGCUCAA